AUGUCUACCGAGAAAAAAAGUGUUGGAAUUGUUCUGUUAGGAAUGCCCAAAGUUGGGAAAACGUGUGUUGUUGAUGCAUUUAAUGGUAAAGCCCUUCCGACGGAGUAUGAACCGACUACCACUGAAACAGAGACAUCCAUUCAACUCAAAUUCAAUGAGAAACAAUAUCAUUUCACUUUUUAUGACAGUUGUGGUGAAUCAAUGUUGGACACACGAACAACAACGAACCAAAUCCUGACUAAAGGCAAAAUCCAUUUCUACGUUGCUUCUCGAACAGAAGCAGACUCGGGAGACUUCUUACAUGGGUUCUUCAAAGAGAUAGGUGAUGUCGAUCAUAACACAACACCAUUUUAUCGUUAUAUCAUCAUUACUCACUCCGACAAAGAAGACACAGACAACAUCAAACAAUCAAUUGAGUCAUUUGUGCCUAAGGACUGCCCUAUCAAAGAGUACAAUUUACUCGACGAAGCACAAAAGAACGCAAUGAUUACAGACUUCAACGACUAUAUCAAAAGAGCUUUAACAGAACACAAAGAGUUAUUCGAAGGGUGUGUCGUCGAGGCGGAGAAGAAAGAGAAACCAAAGAAAGACAAGAAGAAGUGCCAGAUCCUAUAA